AUGUACCACACCCUCGACACCAUCAGACAAUCGAACUUCAGGGUUCGAACAGAUGAUGGACCUACUGAGCUCACCAAUAAGAUCAAGGUAUCCUUAGCAAGACAAGGAAGAAUGAACGAAUCGAAAGAUGUCAAGAUUUUCAUUCUUCCAGCAGAAUAUGACACCGAUCCCAAAGCCUGCCGACACCUGGAAGCCCUCAUGGAUAAACUUAAGGAUAUGAAUCUCGAAUGUGAAUGGACUCACUGCAAAGAGAACGAUAGGGCUACGUCACUCUCCUACGCCAUCAUGCCUCAUAUGCCUGACUCUGAACUCGACAUGAGAGCAUUCAGACUCAAACUCCUAGAUGCGACUCUUAAAUUAUGCAACGUCAAUGCCUCGAGUAACAUCUGGCAAUCCAACGUGUCUCACACAAACGCCACAGGUUUCAUCCAAGUUGAUAGUCUGGCUGAUGUUGAUACAUUGGUAGCCGCAUCAGCUGGAGACCCCAUCAUAACCACAGAUAAAGCUACGGUUGAAUCCAAAUACAACAUAAUCUUCUCCCCGAUGAGAAGUCAAAUCCUUCCCACAUCCUGCACCACCAUCGCUGCUUUUAUAGGAGAUGAUAGAAACUUCAACAUGGAUAAAUACACUGCAAAGGUAAAUGCAGCGAUGGAAGCAUACAAUCAGUCUGUCGACAUCGUCGAUCAAUCAUCAGUUCAAAAUUUUAGGCUCACACAAGAUGAGGACUAUCUAGUAACUAGGGACUUGAAUAUUGAAGGAAACGCACUACCAUCCCCACCUCCCAUUCAAGAACUCCAACCAUGCAAAUACUCCAAGAAAAGAUCUAGAAACGAAAUGGAAAAAGAGCUUUUCUCUGGACCUACUCAAACGGAGAGAAAUAAACUUCUUGUACAAAAAAGGAUGAUAGAACUCAAACUGAAAAGACAAGGAGGUCUAAAUAGUAAAAUAAGUAAUCCCACUGUGAAUAAACUGAGAUCAGAACUUAAGAAUGUAGACGAGAAGAUUAAAGGGAAUUCCAUCUCUCAUAACUCGGGACUCUCAAGCUCCACCAUUAAUAAUAACAAUUUCACUGCAAACAGCAUCCCUGCUGUGCCAGUGCCAAAUCAAAACCCAAGUGGUACUGGAGGUCAAAAUAAUAUCGAUCACCAUGAUGGAGAUAUCAUUCGACCACAAAGCAAAGCCUCUGCUCUAAAUCCAGUAAAACUGGAAAAUAUCGUUAACUUGAUCUUACGAAUGGAGCCUAGUAUAUUCAUAUUGACUGGAAUAACCAUACUAGAUGGUAUACCUGACUUGCGUACACGAAGACUGAAGACGAGGUAUAAUCUAUUCUCAACACCACCAGGUAACGGCAACGAUGCACCAGGUACAUCAGCAGGAGUUAUAUUAGCGAUACCAAGCUGUCGAUCGAACCACUCCGUCAACAAGGAAUAUGUUCAUCAUCUACUCCCUUUCACCAUGAAUAUACCGGAAGUGGCCAAUCGAUAA